AUGAAGACAGACGAGGAAACAGCAGGUGUUCAGUUCUCGGAUCCGUGUGUGGUUUUAAACGCUGCAGUGACCGUGGCGCCGCAUGUGGUGCUCUGUCUCCAUCUACAGGCGGAUGUUGUCUUCCUGGUGUCCACCUAUGCAGCCGGGUCUGGACAGCUCCUGGUGACGGAUGUGGACUCGUCAAUCGCGGCUCACUUAACGCAGACUCCCAGGCCGUCCAAUUACAGCGCCAUCAGCCACUCCUCCGCUGCCCUGAACGCUUAUCCCUGCCUCCCGGCGCGAGCUCUCCUGGCGCUGGGAAGUGACAUUAAUGGCGAUAAAAGCAGCAGCGCCGGGAGCCACACACACGAGUCCUCGCGCUCAAGAGCCUCAAACACUCGGGAAAUAAAGAGUGAAGAGAAACUGUCUCCUGGAACUGUCUCCGAUCGAUGGCGCGGAGUGUAA